GUCACAAUGGCACGUACAAAGCAGACUGCCCGUAAGUCCACUGGAGGCAAAGCUCCACGUAAGCAGCUGGCCACAAAGGCUGCCCGUAAAAGUGCCCCUUCCACCGGAGGUGUGAAGAAGCCCCAUCGUUACAGGCCCGGUACCGUGGCUCUGCGUGAGAUCCGUCGUUACCAGAAAUCCACCGAGCUUCUGAUCCGUAAACUGCCAUUCCAGCGUUUGGUGAGAGAAAUCGCCCAGGACUUCAAGACUGAUCUGCGUUUCCAGAGUGCAGCCAUCGGUGCGCUGCAGGAGGCCAGCGAGGCCUACCUGGUGGGUCUGUUUGAGGACACCAACUUGUGUGCCAUCCAUGCAAAGCGUGUCACCAUCAUGCCAAAAGACAUCCAGCUGGCACGUCGUAUCCGUGGGGAGCGGGCUUAA